GCUGCCCUGUUGAUGUCUAUGAAGAGGCCAAUGAGUUGUGGAUGUCUGUCAUUGGAGGACUGACUUACACCACUAUCUUUAUUGAUGUUAAUAUCAUUGCUAUUGACCUAAGAAAAUCCUUUUAUUGUCCAGUAUCGAGCAGAAAUAUAUCAGUAACCUUGGCAUGUGAUGGAUAUUAUGACUGCGAUUAUUUCGAGGAUGAAUUAUUUUGUAAUAACACAGUUACAUACCUCGAGGAAGGCCAAUCGCAUUCUAUCAGCACGCCAUCUUUCACAAAAGAAUUCUACAAUACAACCCUGUUGAAAGUAAAUACUACAAAUGGGUUUCGAAUUGUGUUCCAUCGUUUGUAUAGUAAUUCUUAUGAUGAUGAAAUCCGAAUAGGGACGGGGAACGAUCCAUCUGAUGUCCAGUCUAUUGUUACUACUAUCCAUGGAUAUGCAUACUACGCGGAAGAUGUAUACAUAGAUACCCAUAAAAUGUGGGUUGUUGUUAUGGGAUCGAAACAGUACAGUCAUCUUGAUCUGGACAUUAGCAUUACUGCCAUCGAUUUGUUUAUGUCCUUUCCUUGUACGUCGUCUUACAUGAACGUGUCAGUGACGUUGGUUUGUGAUGGAUAUUACGACUGCGAUAAUUAUGAAGACGAAUCAUUAUGCGAAUAUCCCGCAAGCUAUCUACAACCAGGGGAGUCAUAUUUUAUCUACCUCACCCACAACACAACGCGCAGACGAUUAUACAAUACUCACUUUUUGCAAACAGAUGCUAUAAAUGGAUUCCAAAUUAUAUUCAGGGAUUUAUAUCUCAAUUAUGACGAACAAAUCCAGAUAGGAAAAGGUAAUGAUCCGUCUGAUCUACAGUCUGUCAUUACAACCAUCAAUGGAUAUAGACAUUGCUGUCCCAAUGAUGUUUAUGUAGAGAGCAGUGAUAUGUGGAUUGUGAUCAUAGGAGGCAUGGACUACUCAAAUCUUGAACUGUAUGCUGAAAUAAUAUCUACUGAUCUUUCCACUUUAUAUAGAUGUUCGAUUUCUGACAAAUCUGUUCCAACAUCAGCCCUCUGCGAUGGAUUUUACCACUGUGAUCAUUUUGAGGAUGAAUUAGCGUGCAAUCACUCGGCAAGGUUUUUAGCCUCUGGCCAGUCUACUUUCAUCACCGCUUAUUUCGUGGACAGCGGACAUUUUGGUAUAUCUGUUCUAAGCACAAACGUGACUGCACUAUUUCGACUCGAAUUCCAGGAGGACCAUCGUCAAAACAGUGAGGAAACAAUUUUAAUAGGAACCGGAAAUGACGUCAAAUCAGCCAUUAGAACAUUCCAUGGAGAUACUCCAUACCAUUCUGAUAUAUACGUAGGAUCAAAUGUGAUUUGGAUUGCUAUUGUUGGUCAUAAGGACUACAACUACUACGGGAACUAUCAUGACUCUUAUGAGAGUUAUUAUGACUCAUAUGACUAUAGUUAUGACAAUAGUGACAUCAAUCUCAAGGUCACUGCAAUUGACAGGUCUAAUCUACAGGAAUGCGGAAUGACUGGCCUGUCUUUCUCAAAUAAUGACCGAUGUGAUGAAGUAUUUACGUGUCCAGACUUUGCCGAUGAAGAAGAGUGCAGUCAUCCAUCCAUUUUUCUCCUUGAAAACGAAAAUUACACAAUAGCCUUUUCCGAUAUCAAAGCAGAGACCUACAAUGUAUCACUUUUUAGGGCCAAUGCUUCAAAUGGAUUUCGAAUAAGGCUUUUGGAUAUCUACCUUGAUUGCUAUAAUUAUUAUAGUUAUGGACAAUGCGACGAUGCUAUCAUUCAGAUAGGCACCGGAUAUGGUAAUGCUAACAGCCGAUCGAUCGUGAAAACACUUCGUGCUUUUACUUCUUUCGAGGACGAUGUUCAUGUGGAUUCCAGUGAGAUGUGGAUAUCAAUAAGCGGUAUUUGGAGAUAUGGCGCGUAUGGCUCAAAAAACUUUUACGGCCGUGGCGAGAUUGAAGUGAACACUGUCAGAAUGAAUAGUCUGAGUUCCUGUGCCCACUCGAAUCUGGUGAUUUCUCAAGACGAUAUCUGCGACGGAUUUUAUCAAUGCGAUGAUUAUUCGGAUGAAAUAUCUUGCGAUCAUGCAGACGUAGUUCUGCAUGAAGGAGAAUCGUUUGGCAUAAAGGUAAAUGCUGCACGUAGAUCAUAUAAUACUACGAUACUUCGAACGAAUUCAACAUUGGGAUUCCGAGUGCAUUUCGGCUCCUCCGACUACUGGGAUGGGUACGGAGCUCAUAUUGCAAUUGGUACACGUAACAACUCAAGUCCAAUCUAUGAAUGGUCCUCGACCAGUAACUACUAUUCUUUCUCCAAUGACUAUGAUGUGUAUGUGACGACGAAUGAAAUAUGGACUGCCAUCAUUGGUGGUGUUUACCAUGCGUAUGGGUCUAUGGAAUUCAAUGUCACUUCGGUUGAUAUACCAGACUUGUAUACCUGCCCGGGAAACUCCCAUAUCGGAAUUCCUCAAAGUAGACUGUGUGAUGGAAGGUAUGACUGCAGCAAUUAUGAAGAUGAAUCGUCAUGCAACGAAUCUGCAAUACUUAUAAACAACGAGACGUUUUACUUUAGUGUCUACCCUUGGGACUACGAUUAUCAACGACUUUACAGAGAUUGGCUCUUCGAAACGAACACUGGAAAUGGCUUUCGUGUUGACCUGUAUACAUACGUGGAAUGCUUUGACUAUUACUGUGGACAUGAUGGAGUGUUCACUAUUAUUAUUGGGACAGGAAAAGAUUCAACCAACCAGGAGUCAGUUUUUCAAACAUUCACUACCAAGACUACUCAUUGGUGGUUCUAUACGUAUGAAGAGUUGUAUGUUGAGAGCCAAGAAAUAUGGAUUGUUUUUAUUGGUCCGCAGUUUGUUGGAAAUGGUGACUACGGCGAACUUAAUUUAGACAUAAAUGCCGUUAACAUGUCCGGAUGGAUACCAUGCAAGGAUUCGAGAACAAGUGUGUCUCCAGAUUACGCAUGUAACGGACGGUACGAAUGCGAUGACUACGGAGACGAAACAUCAUGUGAUCGUUCACCGACCAUCAUCAGUGAAGGGGAAUCUUAUGCCAUCUCAGAUUUGGAAUUGUUUGAACGGGAAUACCAUGCCUUCAUUCUACAAACCAACCAAUACUCUAGAUUUCAUAUCAGGUUCCAACAUAUCUCUCUUGGCUGUUGCGAUGAGCGUGUGCAAAUCGGAACGGGGACUGAUCUAUCUGACGAAGAGUCCGUUAUAAUGUCCAUCCAGGGAUAUACAAAUUAUGUCGAUGAUGUAUAUGUGAAUACUACCAACAUGUGGCUUGUCAUGACUGGUCAUAAGGACUCUGACAACUAUCCUAAUGGUCAUGUCGAUAUGAUUGUCACUGCUAUCUCUCUUUCUGGCGAAUGUCUCUCAAACCCCUGUCUAAACGGAGGGACUUGCAAUUACCUUGCUGAUGGCGGAUACCGAUGUGACUGCAUGGAUACCUUUACCGGGCUCAACUGUGAAAUAGCAAACACUGAUCCUUGUAUCGAACAAGAUCCGUGUGUCCAUGGUGUCUGCAUCAAUGUGGGACAAGGAGAGUAUGAGUGCGAAUGCCAAGAUAAUUAUGACGGGAUUCAUUGUGAUGAACCCAUUCGUGGAUGUCUCUCAAACCCCUGUCUUAACGGAGGAACUUGCAAUCAACUUGUUGAUGGUGGAUACCGAUGUGACUGCAUGGAUACCUUUACCGGACUCAACUGUGAAAUAGCAAACACCAAUCCCUGUGUCGAACGAAAUCCGUGUGUCCAUGGUGUCUGCAUUAACGUAGAACAAGGACGGUACGAGUGCGAAUGCCAAGAUAAUUAUGACGGGAUUCAUUGUGAUGAACCCAUUCUUCCAAUAGAGGUUUCCCACCAUCCGUCUAGCCAGAUAGUCAAUAUCAAUACCAAUGUAAAUCUGACAUGCGGUUUCAACCAUGCCAAGCGGUACCGCUGGUACAAAACUGUCAGGGAAGAAGGAGAUGGUGUCCUUUUACCCAACAGUGAGAAUCAGAAUCCUCUGAUGAUCAUGUCUGCCUCGCACAAUGACAUCGGGUAUUACUUCUGUAGAGGUGAAGGUAGAAAUGGAGAAACUUUGGAGACGACGCGAGCAUCUGUAUAUCUCAGAGAUCUAACCAAUGUAGAAGUUUUAAAUGUUCGAUUUGCUACUCCAUUUCGCGAAGAGCUUCGUGACCAAACUUCAAUGAUUUAUAAAGAAACGGCUUCCAAUAUCACCACCUUCAUGGGAGAAGGCUUGAAAAAAAGUACCGGUCUAGAAGGUGUAUCGGUAGUAUGUAGAGCUCUAAGACCAGGAAGCAUCGAGGCUGAUUUGAAUAUCUACCUUGAUGACACCAAUAUGACGGCACUGGAUACAGAACAUCUAAUCAGUGAAUCGAUUCAAAGUAUGGCAGAAAACUCCAACGGUUUUCUAGAUUCAUCGUCAAUUUCAAUUCAAAAUAACGCAAUUUGCCGGAAUAUAACAUGGAUUUCUCCGCGUCUCGAGAGGGUUGAAUUUCCAGUUGGUGAAAAUGGAUCAUGGGCAAACUCAACAGGAAGAUGUCCGUUCAACACUACACAAGCUGAUGGACCCAUUGGACGAGCACUUUGUAUCGGAGAUGGCAUUACACAGAGUCGAUGGCAACCUAUGGAUAAUUGUGGACCUUUUAGAAAUGUUACAGAUAUUCUCACAGAAAUUGCAGAGGCAAGCAUUACUGAAGAAAACGCAGGUGAAGUUAGCCAACAAGUGGAAGCAGUUUCUUCAAAUAUCGAAGACAUCACAUCAGAUGACGUCACAUUAAUAGCAGAGAUUACAUCAAGUAUCGUACAGCAAAAUGUUACAAAUGAACAGGUAACGGAGGAUCUAACUGGUACUCUAAGCAAUGUAGCAGAGGUACAAACAGAUGUACUCGUAGCUGCGGAGGAAGCAGUUUCUAAAUUAGUAGAGGCUUUUGAGGAGCAAAUCAAUCGUGUUGAGGUAGCCGACGGUGAGAUGCUGAACAUUCAGCAGCCAAAUGUUGCUGUACAGAUCCAGAGUGUAUCUGCUGAUGAGGGUAUGGGUGGACUUGUUCUCUCUCUGGCCGGAUCUAGUCUUUCUGAUCUGACUAAGGCCAAUUUUACCAUCAGCGCUCCGACCCAAGGUGACCACCAGGACGAUGACAGUAUUGCUUCUAAACCAGACACUAUCGCACAGGUCAACAUCCCAUCUUCGGUUUCAUCAGCCAUAUCAUCCACGAAUCCUCUUACGGGAUCGUCGUCGAAUGGCAGCGGUGAAUACAUCCGUAUAAACUUCAACGUUUUUUCAACUCCAGCCUUAUUCAUUUCUAAAUCACUGCGUGAAUUCAGUGCAGAUAAUGAAGCCGUCAAUCGGUCAGCUAACACUCCUGUCAUAGCCGUCAGCAUCGGUGGGAGAAAAAUAGAAUCCUUGGCAGAGUCCAUUAACUUUACCUUUUCGACACUAAUGUCUGGAUAUGUUAAUCCCAUGUGUUCAUUCUGGGAUGAUGAGAAAGCAGAUUGGGCCCAAGAUGGAUGUUCACUUAUUUCUAGAGUCGGAUCAACCGAUGAUGAUAAUAGUUAUGCCAACUCUGAAUCAACACAGGAGGGUUCUUUUGAUGAGAGAGUUCGAUGUGCGUGUGACCAUCUCACCAACUUCGCCGUAUUAAUGGAUAUCCGAGUACAGGAUUCCCCAGAGGCGGUAUACAACAUUCUGACCUACAUCGGAUGCUGUCUCUCGAUCCUCAGUCUCCUUGUCACAUUGGCAACCUAUCUCUGGAACAAGGAUUUGAGGACGAAACAGACCAGUCAGAUCUUCAUCUGUCUAUGUGCAACCUUACUGUGUCUCUACAUAACGUUCGUCAUCAUGAUCUCUCUGGAUUCGAUCAGAGAUUACCGUGAGGUUCAAGCAGGACCUUGUGGGUUCCUUUCAGCCCUUGUACACUACUUCGUUCUCUCCUCUAUUGCAUGGAUGGGAGUGGAAGGAUACAAUACAUAUCUUGUCAUUGUGAAGAUAUUCAAUACUUACAUCCCUAACUUCAUGAUCAAGGCAUGUCUGGCUGCAUGGGGAGUUCCUGCACUCAUUGUGCUUCUCACAGGGGUUAUUGCCAGAGAAUCGUACGCCCAUGAUGAUUUGUGUUUCCUGCAAUUCUGGGCUCAGAUUGGUGGUCUCCUGAUUCCUAUGUCUAUCAUCCUCGCCAUCAACAUCGUUAUCUUCAUCUUGGUCAUUCGUCAGUUGUACCAAUCAGCCAACAUCGCUGGUCGGGUGAAGAGGGAGGCUGAGGUUGAACGUCGAGAGACCAUUGAACGAGUCCAGAAUGCGAUUUGUAUCCUGCUCCUUCUUGGUCUGACUUGGAUCACUGGUUAUCUUCUGCUGAUUCCAUCAUUUAGUCCAGUGGCUCAGCCAAUCUUUAUCGUACUGAACUCCUUCCAAGGACUGUUCAUCUUCCUACUAUAUUGCGUCAGGAAACCUCACAUCCGGAAGAGAUGGGGGCUAACUUGUAUUGACAAGAAGAAAGAAGUUAGCACUUCUUCUGGUGGUGUACAGAGUUCACUAAACCCAUCCAGUACGUCAGCUGGUGUCAUGAGCGGCACGAUUGGUUUGUUGUCUCCUGGCUCAUCUGGUAAUUACCUAUUACCUACAAAUAAAGAUGACCCUCUAUGUCUGCAAAACCCAACAUAUGACAUAGGGCAGAUUGCAGAAGAAGUCGACCCACCACUCGACAGAGAUGUCCAUAGUUCUAACAAUGGCCAGAUGAAUAAAGACAAUGAUGCAACUGAUGCUGGGAUGGUUAGUUUCCAUGUUGGUUAACUGGCCAAGGAUGUUGAUAAUUUUCAUUAGAUGAGUAGAAUAUUUGAGGUAUGUGUGUGUUGAAAGGCGUGUAUGAUUGUAUAUUUAAUGCAGGGGUGGAAAUUAUUUGUGAUUUCAGUAAUGAAGAGCUCAGUCGCAAAAGGCAUUAGGUACAUUUUUCAUCUGUCUCAAUGUAUAGAUUUUAGUAGCUCUAUGAAAUGAUUCCCAUUAAAGAGUGAACAAAAAUGGCAAAGAAAAUUCACCUUUUUUCAAAAGGGGUUAGGUCUAUUCAGUUAGGGUUGGUUCCUCCAAAAUUUUUUUUGGAAAAGAAUAUCUAAAAAAAUAUGAAGACAGGUAGAUUUCUAUUAUACCCAAUUUUAUGUUCUAAUGGUAGGGUAUCAUGAGAAUUUAGUUUCGCGUUAGAAUAUUGCAUUAUGGGAG